AUCAAUAUGAAACAUAUAUAUUUUGAAUUAUACAGCGAAAAACAGUAAAAUCUAACAAAAUGUAAUAGCAUAUGUGUACAAGAAUUAUCUAACAAUUUCAUGUGGAAAUUUUACUUUAAAUUUAUAUAAGGAAAUAAAGUCAAAAUUAGAAGCCCUUAUGGACAAUUAUAAAGAAUGUCAAGUGACCCAGAACUGCAAUGAGUUAUGAUGUUUCGUCCUCCUCUUGUGAGGAUCUGCAUGAAGCGUCUACUAGAGCGGAAAUUCAGAGAUUACUCCUAAUGGAUGACCGAAUUCAGUCACUUACGCCCGAUUCGAACUCGCAUUUCAAUACAUCGCUGCAGCAGUUUCCGCUGUUCAACUUCAGUCUCGACGAAGCUCUGCGGAUCUUGCUGAGUGAAAGACAGCGGGAAGAUAGGGACUUGGGCGGCCAUGCUGAAGUAGCCUUGAUCAUAGUGUAUGCCGUGUUAAUGGUGGCAGGACUGGUGACUAAUCUGCUUGUGAGUUUCGUGGUGGCAAGGAGGACGCAAAUGCAUACUGCACGGAACCUGUACAUUGUAAACCUCACGAUUUCGGACAUUACGCUGUGUGUCAUCUGUAUGCCUUCUACACUCGUUGCCAUACUCAGAAGGCAGUGGACCCUCGGAUCAGCUCUCUGCAAGCUCGUUCCAGCACUGCAAGGCACCAACAUCAUGGUGUCUGUUGGCACCAUAACAGUGAUCGCUCUUGAUCGAUACCUGACGAUCGUGCGCCACUCUGGCAGGGACGGCACGCCCCGAACCAGACGCCGUGUGGUGCUCAGCAUCGCUCUUAUCUGGCUGCUGGCUGCUGCCGUAACAGCUCCGGUCUGCUACUUCCAGGUUGUUGAGGCAGUGACGUUUCAACGCGUCGUGCUGUACGAGGCGUGCAUUGAGAGGUGGCCGUCGCGGAGGGCGCGUCUUUUCUAUGCAGUCUGUCUCCUCUUGCUUCAAUCUGUCAUCCCGGCGCUUGUUGUGGCGACGGUCCACGCUCGAAUAGCUUCGUACUUACACGCCCAUGCGACGACCCAGAGAGACUCUCGCAGAGCGAGGAAGGAACUUGAGCGCAACCGCAGAACCACUCUCUUGCUGACUGGCGUCGCAGUCCUCUUCGCUGUCAGCUGGCUUCCAUUAGGACUCUUCUCCGUGUUGGUGGAUUUGUUGGUGACCCCCACUGCUCCCACUUCCCCAAGGGGGUUAUACGUAGCACUAGCCACGUGCCACGUCGUAGCCAUGACGUCCGCUGUUUCUAACCCGAUUGUGUACGGAUGGCUCAACUCGAAUAUCAGGCGGGAAUUCCUACAGCUCCUCCCGGCUAGGUGCGCAUGUGCAGCUAAUCGCCAUUCUUCCAACGAGCGGGCUAAAGCCACAACCAUAGGUGUCGCCACUGAAGACGUGACGACAAGAACACAACUGAACCAUUUCAGCGUGGCGCCUCUGAACAAUGGACCGGUCGGCAUGCAGCAAACAACAGCGGCUGAAAGCAUGGCUCUGCUAACUACAGCAAGCAACAAAGAUUCACAGAAUCUCCAGGAGACUGGCGAGGUGUCCGUCCUUUAG